AGUAAAACGAAUCAGCUGUGCACGGGUGAUUGUGAUUUUAAAGCUCACAGUUCGGCUGGUGUUUAGUAGAUGCUUUGCGACCUGUGGGUGAAAAACAUGACCACAAAGACAGUGUUGCUCGUGUACGCGCACCAGAGCGCUGGGUCUUUCAAUGCGGCUGUUAAGACUGCUGCUGUGGACGAGCUGAAGAAACAGGGCUGCCGCGUGCUUGUGUCUGACCUGUAUGAAGUGAAAUUCAAGGCCACGGCAACAGAGGAUGAUAUUACUGGAGCGGUGAAGAACCCUGAGCAUUUCUGUUAUGGAAAUGAGACCAUGUUGGCCUGGCAGGAGGAGCGACUAGCUUCUGAUAUUGUAGAUGAGCACAAGAAACUAAAAGAAGCAGAUCUUGUUAUUUUUCAGUUUCCCAUGUAUUGGUUCUCUGUUCCUGCCAUCAUGAAAGGCUGGAUGGACCGGGUUCUUACGCUUGGUUUUGCAUACACCUUGGAAAAGCGCUACAGUGAGGGCAUCUUCAGAGAUAAGAAAGCCAUGUUAUCCUUCACCACUGGUUCCCAUGAGACCAUGUUCAGCUCCAAUGGGAUCAACGGAGACAUGAAUGUUACUCUGUGGCCAAUUCAAAAUGGGGUCCUCAACUAUUGUGGCUUCCAGGUCCUUGCUCCACAGAUCUUCUGGGCACCCACACAUCUCUCUCCUGAGGCUCGCGAAGGCCUGUUGGAAGGCUGGCGCACUCGUCUUCAAGGUCUCCUAAACGAGGCACCUCUCGCCUUCCCACCUGCAGACAUCUUUGACAAGGGGAAAGGCUUUCAACUGAAGCCUGAAGUCCGGGAGAAGCAGGCUGAUUCCCCUUUUGGUCUCACUGUGGGUCACCACCUGGAGAAACCGCUGCCACCCCAAAGCCAGAUGAAAGCUGGGGUGUGACACCUGCUGCAGCGCUGUCCCCAUGUGGCCAUGUCCUUGUUUAACAGUCUCAAAGCUGAGUUUUUGACAUGAAUAAAUUGUUCAUGUUUUGAA